UUAGCAAAACCACAACUAAUGGCUAUGCCACAGGAUGCACAGGAUUGAGCCUCGCACAGGGCCUGAAAAAGGUUCCUCACUCCUCUCAUAAAGCCAGCAACCCAAACUAAUGAUAUCUCAUGCCAAAAUCCCAUUCGUCGUCUUCGAAACCGAGCCAGAAAAUGCUCAACGCGCACGAGAUUGGAACUUUGGAAUCCACUGGAGCGUCCCUCUUCUUCAAGAUUUGAUGCCACCAGAACUCUUCGCUAAACUAGCAUCUACACGAGUUGAUCCUCACAGACCAGUUCAACCUUCCGAAACCCUCAGAUUCCUUAACGGUGCAACGGGAAUUGAAAUUGGAGCUGCGUUUAUACCACAUCUUUAUCGUGUGCAAAGGAGCAAGCUGCGAGCUUUGCUUGCCGAAGGUAUUCCGAUUCAAUAUGACAAGGCUAUUUCCACAAUAUCCUACACGGAAGAUGGGAGUACCGUGGCAGCGCAUUUUGAGGACGGGACGACUGUUAGUGGUACUAUUCUGAUCGGAGCAGACGGUACAAGAUCCAAGGUCCGGAAUCUCCUGCUUGGGGAGGAGAAAGCAGCGUUAGAUAGGCUCGAAUACGCAGCCCUUUGGGUACAAGCAAAAUACACCGCUGAACAAGUCAAGUACCUGCGCUCUGGGCACCCGCUCUUCCUCGCUUGUUGUCAUCCGUUGGGGUAUUUUGGUUGGUUGGGUACACAUUCUGCCCCUGAUCAGGAUGUGCCUGAGGAGUGGGUGAUGAAUUGUUAUAUCUCGUACAAGGAACCGAUUGCGGAACAAGAGAAAUGUAAGAAGUGGCCCAACGAGGGGAACCUUGGGGAGGUGAAAGCUCUUGCUGAAUUGUGCUUUGCCGAGCCCUUUAAGAGUGCUUUCGGGUGGUUGGGAGAUGAGCAGGAAGUUUGGUAUAGUCCAUUGACCCAGUGGGACCCAAGUCUUCCUGAACACCAGUGGGACAACCACAGUGGACGAGUUACGCUGGCUGGGGAUGCGGCUCAUCCUAUGACUUACCGUAGAUUGCUCUCCUUUCAAUAUCUUAUACCCCAGUCAAGCGAAAAUCAGAUGCCUAAUAGUAAUCAGAACGUGGACAAGGGGCAAAUUUUGCAAUCAAAGACUCGUUGGAGCUUGUAAACCAUAUUGGUUCUUUCCUGGACUCGGAAACCAAGGGUAGGAAAGAGGCAGUACGGGUUUAUGAGCAAGAGACGAAAGAGAGAGCCGGUGAGGAGGUGAGGUUAUCGUAUCAGAAUACAGAGAUGGUUCAUGUUUGGGAGAAGGUUUUACAAAGUCCUAUUAUGAAGCAUGGGUUGAACCCGACUAGCUAGGUAGGGUUUGGCCGGAAUUUAAAUCUAUUCUGGGCUGAUUUCUAGUCUUUAGGGACUCUUGGGGGGGGCCCUUUUGGAAAGGAGAGUUUGUAUGAGGUGCUAAAUGUGGAAGGAGAAAGUGCAUACUAUUGACUACCUACUACCAGCUAGUCCAAUU